AUGGCCUGCAGACAGUGCAGAUCUCUGCUGGCCUGGGUGCCGGGCCUCAGAGCCUACUCCACCGCUGCCGUGGGCCCCUUGGGCCUCGCGAGCGCGCAGGUGCAGGACCCCGCCCACGCCAGACGCCUGGCAGCCGUGCAGGGCAUGAAGGUGGAGCACGCCCUCUCCGCCGACGAGGCCUCCACCUCCGAGCUCGAGCACGAGCGCGCGCUCUUCCGGCUGCACAACUCGAGCAUGAAGCUGGAGGGGUCCAUCAUCCGCGCGCGCGUGGUCAGCGUGGACCGCCAGCGCCUGCUGGUGGACACCGGCCUGCGCAUGGCCUCGCUGGCCCCCGCCGACGUCACGCCCGACAGCAUCGUGUACCUGGAGUACGUGGAGACGCCCGAGGGCGGCCCCCUGGUCAGCGGGCAGGCGGCUGCGGGGCAGCGGCGCCUGGCCUCGGUCUGGGCGGAGCUGGAGGCACGCUUCCGCGAGGGGCGCACCGUGCGCGGCCGCGUGCUGAACGCCCUGCACGGCGGCUUCGCGGUGGGCGUGGGCGGCCUGGUGGCCUUCCUCCCCGCCCACGCCGCCAGCUGGGCCACGCAGCAGCGCACGGGCGAGCUGCGCGAGUUCAGGAUCAGGUCCAUGAACGCCGCGCGGCGCAACGUGGUGGUCGUGGACGCGCGGGGCGGCGGGGCGCGCGAGGCCGCGCCGCCGCGCCCGUUGCGCGAGGGCCAAGCGAGGAGCAGGAACGUGAGGCAGGAGGCGGAGGCCCUCAAGGCCGCCCUGGGCAUGCCGGUGGGGGCGGGGCCGGGCGAUGCGAGUCCCAGCGAGGCCAGGCCCGCCGGCGCAGACCCGGCCGGCCCCGGGUCCGGCUUGAGUGCUGCCUGA